UUAGUUAAAUGACAGCUUUAGUUUUUGUGUUGUUUUGUUUUUUUUUACCUGCUAACUGCGAAUGUUGCAUUAUCGAGAAUAUCAUGGACUGUGAAUUGAGCGUGGGCCAACAAAACCGAACGUAGCUGUCCUAGCUAGCUAGCUAGCUAGUUAGCUGUCAUCACUGCUAAGAUACCAUAUCAACAAUGCACCUUACAUGAAAAAAAGAAUCCCGAAAAACGCAAAGUAUCAACAUGUCAAAACACGGCUGGACACAGGAUGCAGCCUUACGAAGUAUAUGGAAAGACUGGAGGAGAUUAAAAAAAAUUACAGGUAUCGUAAAGAUGAAAUCUUCAAGCGCUUAAAGGUGACAACAUUUGCACAAUUGAUAGUUCAGGUAGCCUCUGUCUCAGACCUGAAUAUAAGUGAGAAUGACGAUGAAUCACACGGCCCAGAAGACAGUCUGUCAGUGGUGUCUGACGCAGACCUGGAGUGUCUGUCUGAACACACCAACGGCUCCCCACGGCCGUCGCCUCUCUCAGAUCGCCAGGACGCAGGCGACACCAGGGGAGAGUGCUUCUCUGCCAGGUCAACACUUCUAAGCGUUAUCAGUGGCGUGGGAGAGCUGAACCUCGACAGGAGCAGUCAGAAGAUGGAGAACCACGUGUCCAGCCCCGAGCUGGCUGACAGGCCCUACCCCGACUGCCCCUACCUGCUGCUAGACGUACGGGACCGCGAUCAGUACGACCGCUGUCACAUUAUCAGUGCACACAGUUUCCCCAUUGCCACGCUGUCUCGAACAAUGAACCCCUAUACCAAAGAGGUGCUGGAAUAUAAAAAUGCAGCAGGGAAGAUCAUCAUUGUGUAUGAUGAGGAUGAGAGAAUAGCCAGUCAGGCAGCCACCACCAUGUGUGAACGAGGAUUUGAAAAUCUGUUUAUGCUGUCUGGAGGCCUCAAGGUAAUCGCUCAGAAAUUUCCGGAAGGGAUGACGACGGGCUCCCUCCCGCCCUCGUGCCUUUCCUCUCCCACGUCAUCGAAGGGGAAGAGGAGCUCUGAGCAGCAGCAGCAACAGCAGCAGCAGCAGCAGUCGCAGGCAGCAGAGAGGAGGUGGCGGUUUACAUCAGACGAGCUGGCCAAGGUCCAGGAGCAGCUGGAGGACAUACUCAUCCCAAGUAACUCCAACAGCCGCAUGUCAAGCCGCAUGUCGGCCAUCAACUCCCAGUCUAAAGCGUCCGGUGCUCGCAGUCGACAGAGUUCCUCUACCGCUGGCAGGGACAGCGCCAGGGUUCAAAGCAGUAGACCCUGGAAAUAAUCCCACCCACCAUCAACCACACGGAUAUACCUCCAACCCUUAAUCCAUUUACUUCAGGUUACAUCUUUUUGAAAUUACUUUACACACACCUUGGAAAAGUGAUUAACACUACACAACAACAAUGACCGAAAUAUUUGAAACUCUAAUUCGGACCUAAUUAAGACUGGACAACAGAAUGAAAUUUGCAAGUAAAAUAUGGGCAGACCUUUCAGACUCAUCAUUAUACCCCAGUGUUCAUCUUCACUUCUGGCCAUUUAUGUCUGACUGAAGUAUUUUCCCCUGACUGCAGAUUUUGUUCUUAACAUAUUUAAUACAGUGCGUAUAUUUGAA